AUGCUACUCGCCUUGAUUGUUCGUGGGCCGUGGCUCCCACAGUCUGCAGAUGCUACACUUCCAAGUUCUGCCUUUAGUUGGCUGACUUAUCACAGCGCCCGGCCGACACCUGUACAACAAGGGCCUGGAAUCGAUGAACCCAGAAAAGACAACCUUGCGGCAGGCGACUGGUGUACUAUCACAGCGUCGGGUGGCGGCAAAACCCAGCUGUGA